UAGUCUGAAAGAAGCAAAGUGUGAGAAGGCUGUAGAGCUGCAUUUAGGCUUUAUUUACUGUGCAGUCAGAAGAGUGGAAAAAUUCAACAGCAUCUGAUCUUUAACUCUCAAGUAUAACUAUGAAUUACUUCAGAAACAUGUUUAAAGGACGCUGGUGUUCAGACAUUAGAUUGGAUGGGAAGACUGCUAUCAUAACUGGUUCUAACACUGGCAUUGGCAAAGAAACUGCACAGGAUUUGGCACGGAGAGGUGCGAGAAUCAUUAUUGCCUGUAGGGAUAUGGAGAAAGCUGAAGCAGCCAAAAAGGAAAUAUCCGAAAGUUCUGGAAACACUAAUAUCCUUGUUAAGAGGCUGGAUUUGUCAGACACUAAAUCUAUUAGGGAAUUUGCACAGCAAAUUAAUUCUGAAGAGAAUCAAGUCAACAUUCUUAUUAACAACGCAGGAGUUAUGAUGUGUCCUUACUCAAAGACUGCUGAUGGCUUUGAGCUACAAUUUGGUGUCAAUCACUUAGGACACUUCUUACUUACAUAUUUACUGAUUGACAUUAUAAAAAAAUCAGCACCAGCCAGAAUCAUUAAUGUCUCCUCCAUGGCACAUAAAUGGGGUAAUAUAAUGUUUGAGGAUAUAAAUAGUGAGAAAAGUUAUGAUUCCUUGAAAGCCUACUCUCAAAGUAAACUUGCAAAUGUGCUUUUUAGCAGAGAACUGGCAGAAAGACUUAAAGGUUUUAAUAUCAAUGUGUACUCUUUGCAUCCUGGAGUUGUGAGGACUGAGCUUGGAAGGCACCUUAGCAGUGCUUCACAGUUUUCUAUGAAGCUGAUGCGACCAUUUACUAAGUCAUCAGUAGAAGGUGCUCAGACUUCCAUUUACUGUGCUGUUGCCCCAGAGCUUGAAAAAGAAACGGGUGCUUAUUACAGUGACUGUGCUUCUACGCCCUGCUCAAGAAGGGGAGCUGAUGACCAGCUUGCAAAGAAACUAUGGGACUUGAGUUGUCAGCUAUUAAAAAUAACAUGGGAUUGAGCUGUGAGGAUUGUUUAACACUAGGCGGUGUUGGUGAUGUAACAAGACAAUUGCAAUUACUGUUUUAGCAAAUAUUUUAGUAACUGUUCAGUGGAAGAGCAUCAGCAACAUGGAACAGGUUCAACUGGAGCCUCCUCAGUGCCUUUGGACUACCAAUUUAGAUUUCCAUUAAUAAUUAUUGUGAUAUUUUGAAAUGUGUCUUUUCUUUUAUUUUUUUAUUAAUAAUUUUUGCCAUGAUUUGUACAUAUAGUACAUUUUUGGUAUACAGUAUCUUCCCUUGGGAGCUGUUCUAUUAAUAAUUUGAUUAAGACACUGAACUGUUACCUGCAAAGUUGCUUUAUGUGUAUAAUGGAUAUUUUGUUUUAGUUUGCCAAAAAACCCAAGGCUGAUCAUUAAUUACUUUCUAUGAUUAAAAUAAUUGAACUACUUUAAACAUUUCACUAAAAUUAGGAAUGUUUUUUGAUUUGCUAGUUUUAAUAUUCAGUGUAUAAUCAUGCUAACUGUCUUCAACAAAUCAAAUGUGGAACAGAAAAAUGUUUCCCACACUACAAUAAGUGCAUAUGCAAAAACUAGAAAAAAACAACUUCUUAAAGCAGGAGUUUUGCUUUUCUAAUUUAGCAAAGAAAAAAUUCUGUCAGAAAGGUAAGCAAAAUUUACUUGACAAGAUUUCUUAACAUAAGCUAAAUAUUCUAAAACAUAGAUUUCUUAGGAAGUCUAUAAAUCUUACAUUAAGAAAAAGAUUUUAAAUGUUUUGAUAUAGAAAAAAAACUUUUCACUCUCAUACAUUUCAUUUUUAUCAUGGUUUAAUUUUCAGCCUUAGAUUUAAUUAUACAUUUUUAUUUAUAUUUAAAAUAGUUGUGGUGGAAAAAUCAUUACUGAAAUUGUGUACAUUGAAAAAUGAAUUAAAUAAAGUUCAACUGCCAGGUUUUA